AUGGGCACACCAGACGCUCUUGGCCCGAGCAAUGAGGCCUCGUCUGACACAGAGCAGACCAGGAUCAAUCAAGAAGCUGCCGACUUGGAAAGAUUAGGAAGAGAACGCCCAAAGUGCUUCAAAGGCCCUUGGUCGGAAAUCUCUUUCUGUCUCUCGAUUUUCAUGUCCCAAAUUCUUGCAGAAUACUACAUCUCAGGCUCAAAUGUCCUCCUUCCAACGCUCGUUAAAGAACUUGACCUCCCCGAAGCCUCGGCGAUAUGGCCGUCUACCGCAUUAUCGCUGGUCGUGACCUCCACACUCCUCAUCUUCGGCAGAUUAACCGACAUGUUUGGGGGAUAUAUAAUUUACAGCGCUGGAGCUAUCUGGCUCACCAUAUCAUCUAUCCUAUGUGGUGUCUCCCAAACAUGGCUGAUGUUGAUUAUUUGCCGAGCAUUGCAGGGCUUUGCUCUGGCUGCUUUUCUUCCAUCGGGAAUUAUGGUCCUUGGAAGCACCUACAGACCGGGACCGAGGAAGAAUAUGGUCUUUAGUAUCUAUGGCGCAUGUGCGGCGUUGGGAUUCUUUGUGGGCAUUUUCUUCUCUGGGCUUGCGGGUGAAUAUCUCACUUGGAGGUGGUACUUCUUCAUUGGAGCAAUCCUCUCCGCCAUCACAUCGGCUCUGGCGCUCUUCUCCAUUCCACGCGAUUAUGCCGAGAAGAGAAAAUUGGGCAUCCGGAUGGAUUGGCCUGGUGCGUGUCUUUCUAUACCGGCCGCUGUAUUCUUUGUGUUUGCCAUUGCGGACAGUUCCUAUGCCACACAAGGAUGGAGAACGCCAUAUAUCCCUCUGUUCUUAGUUCUUGGACUCAUUCUCAUGGGAAUCAUGGUUUAUGUGGAAGGAUGGGUUGUGACAAACCCGCUACUACCUGGUGACGUAUUUCGAGUCAAGUUUAUGCUGCCUUUGGUCAUUGCUUUGCUAUUCCUUUACGGUACAUUGGGCAUAUUUCUACUAUAUGCCGUUCUUUACAUGUCUGAAAUAAUGGGUGCUUCGCCAAUGCAAAUCGUGGCAUGGACUGCGCCUAUGGGAGUUGGUGGACUUAUUCUCUCAGUCGGUGGAGGAAUGAUCUUCCACAGAGUCCCAGGAACGAUAUUGAUGCUGAUAUCAUGUCUUGGAUACGUGGGCUCUGGAUUGUUUUUCGCCGUUAUCCCUAUUGGCGGAAAUUACUGGGCUUUCGUAUUCCCGGCGAUGAUAUGCGGCACAGUCGGCAUCGACAUUAGUUUCAAUCUCGCCAAUGUCUUCAUCACGACAAACCUACCCAAAGCUAGGCAAGGCCUAGCGGGUGCUUUGAUUAACUGCACUCUGCACAUGGGAAUUGCCGUUAUGCUUGGUUUCGCGGAUAUUGUUCACACCCAGACAUCCGACUUGGGUACUAAGGAUAGCUACAAGGCUGUCUUUUGGUACCAAACUGGACUAGCGAUACUGGGAUUCCUUAUUGUCGUAUUCUUUGUGCGAAUUAGAGAGGCGAAGAGUGAAUUUACGCUUGAUGAGAGAGCAGCAAUGGCAGCAGAAGGAAAUGAGAGAAGUGGCGAGGUCUGA